AUGGGGGUUACGCAUCAUUGUAGCUCUACUGUGACAAAAGCUUUGGUUCAAAAGAAAGAAAACCCGGGAGCUUUCACCAUUCCUUGCGCAAUUGGGAUGUACAAAUUUGCAACGACCUUAUGUGAUCUUGGAGCAAGCAUCAACUUGAUGCCUCUUGCUAUAUUUAACAAAUUGUCGACCGAUUCAUUUUUUUCGGCCGACUUUGUAAUUUUAGAUUGUGAAGUUGAUUUCGAAGUGCCCAUAAUCUUGGGAAGACCUUUCUUAGCUACGGGGCAUGCCGUUGCAGAUGUGGAGAGGGAUGAUUUAAAAUUUAGAAUGAAUGAUCAAGAGAUCACCUUUCAUAUUUGCAAAUCGAUGAAACAACCGACGGAUAUGAGUGUUGUGUCGGUUAUUGAUACAAUUGAUGAAUCUAUGGAGACAACCGUUAAGAAUGAACAUGUGGGUGAGAUAUUGGCGGCGGUGAUAAUGAACUAUGAGGGGGAAAAUAAAGAAGAAUUCGAGAACGGUUAA